AAUGAUAAAAUUGAAAUAAUUUCACUUGGUGAGGCUGUUCACAUGAUAUUAUUAAUGUGCUUCAUCUGAGACCGUGAUGCUUUAAGAAGCAGAAGUCAGUGUGAAAUCUCAUCUCCAGGGCAUUGUUUAGUAUAAAAAGAUAUUUUAAAUAACCGGAACAUUAACUUCCUCAGAGAUAUUUCAAGUAAAUAUUUUAUUUUAAGGGGUUUGAGUGACAAAAAAGUGUUUGGGAAUCCAUGCAUUACAUGAACAAACAAGGUCUCUGGAUAUGACGACAUCAUUGUGUUUCACAGCUACGUCACCAGUGUUUAGUAACUUACGCACAAUUAUUUGUUUCAAUUACUGCUUUGCAAAUUUAUUCACAUGAUAUCUGUAAGCGUUUCAGUUUAUAUUAUAUAAUUAUUUAAUAACAGAUGGGCUAAUAAAGAAAGAAAGAAGGUUUCCCAGCUCUAUUAUCAUUUUAUGACAGCUAAGCGAUUUGUUACCUCAAGGCUUAACAUGUAUUAUAUCCACUGAAAUAUAAUAUAUAACAUAUAUAGAUCAAUAUUAGGACUGAUACAUUAUACCAUUAAAGGGACUCUGAUUAUACUCACGUUGCCUGGUUACGUUCAUCGAGCGCUCAGCUGUUAAUUUGUGGACCACGCCCACUUUAACGACCGCAGCUAAUUAAAGUCUGGAUGAAGAUCGGGUUUGUGAGAUUAGUAGUAACGUUAUAGUUUCUCAAUGAUGAUCGUUAAGAAAGCGUCACGUGGGAAGAACACCGGGCGCAACGUGACGCCAGUGAGAGCUGCGGCGUGCUACAAUUUUCAAAGGCUUGGGGCGAAACACAGUCGAGGCGUUCAACGAGGUCGCCAGCUUUCUGAGUUUAAAGCCUAUGGAUGCGACAAAGACAGAAAAGAUCUCCACCAAAUACGUUCCAGAGCUAUAAAGGCAGGUGGAAGAUGUCUGAAUGGCCAGUCGUUGAUUUCCGGAUGCUGGAGAUGUCAUGCUGAGCAGGGCACGUCGACUGCCAGUGCCUCCAAGGACUUCAGCCAGGACUCCAGAAGUAUAACGAUGCCCUCUGGUGUCUCCAGCUUCUUGUUGGAUUGUUUGGACGUUGAUUCUCCAACUUCAAACACGGACACGACGCUUUCAUCCAUCGAGGAGUUUCGCAGAGCUGACAAUUAUGAUGAGGGGACGGCGUCGCUCGGUGAAGAUGUGAUGGUGAACACCGUGAAGAACUCAACUCUUCUGGAUCACAGCCAUGCGCAGGAUCUAGCGCUGCAGCAGCCUCCAAACCUCUCCUCCAUUCUUGAACUAUCAUUAAACCCUGCUGAAGAGAAAUCGUUUUCUUUGUCUCCUAUUUGCCUCUCUCCUGUACGUGUGCCCUCUGAAACCUUGGCAUCAGAUAUUGCAUCAGGUUGUGUGUUAAAUUUGGCUAAUGAGAGAACUCCUGUGAAUACUAGGGUUGUAGUUCUUUCCCCUGUUGCGAAAAAGUGUUUUGCAGAAAAGGAAAAACCAAUAAAAUGCAGAAAAGUGACGUUCAGCGAUAUUGUGAGCAUCCGAAAUGUAUCAAGCCAUAGUAAACGUGGUAAAACAGACCAGCAGGACUCUGGAGCAAAGCCGGUUCAAGCGAGCGGAAGCGUGUCGGUGGAAUCCAGAGACAUUUCCUCAUGGCCCGUCACAUUUUUUGACUUUGCAAAUGAGGGUGAGAGAGAGGCCUUUUUCCAGAGACUGAAACAAACGCGCUCAUUUAAGUUUCCUGCCAAACCGAUAACCUCUGUCUGAGAGGACUUCAGUCCAAACAAGCUGAUCUAUAAUAUAUCCUUUUCUCACAAGCUAAGAAGCCCAGAUUACAGGAUCAUCACAUCUGACCAGCAGAGGGCGGGCAACACGUGCUUAGUGUACAUUACUACAAAUAUCUGUAUGUGAAUUUAAUGGCCAUACAGUGUUUUUAGACCUCAAGAUGGAUGAAUACGAACACAUUGGAGUGAGACUGUUCAAACAAUCACAAGAGCUGAAUAAUAUACACCUCUUGGAAUAAACCUACAAUGAAUUUAACUGAUGGAGGCAUCAAAAUGAGAAAGCAGCAGUGCCUUGCAGUGAUCGUGGAAUAGAUGUUUACAUGCCAAAUACAGGUUUUAAAUGGAAAGAGAGCUUUACAAAUUAAAUUAUUUAAAUUAGAUGUUUAAGGAAAAGAUUAAUAAACACUAAAAGAUGAAUAAAGAA